GUGGGCACAGCACACCCCUUCAACUCUUAUCUGCGCUGCUCGCCUUCCGCUCGAGAACUGCUUGCACGCGACGGUCAUUGCGGCCAUUUCGCGGAAAGCGACGACCCAGUGGCUGCUGGCUGUUGGGAGGCUCUGGAAGGCACACCAGGAGCGACUGCGGCAGCAGGCUUUCCGAAGGGGGCGGUGAUCGAGGCUCGAUCCGCGGCAUUUGUGCACGCUAGGCGUGUUGCGAUACUAGGCUACUGCUAGGGAAGCGGUGCGGGGGAGCGAGGUGGAGCGGAGCGCAUGGAGAGGCCGGCGGAGGAGGUGGGGGGGGCGAUCCACCGCAUCGUGCAGAACGCGGAUUUGGCGCUGCAGGCCGCCACGAUCCGCCGCGUGUUCUCCCCGGGCGCCGUGCUGCAGCAGCCGCUGCUCGCGUGCCACUCCGCGCAGACCAUCGAGCACCUCUUCUGGCUGCGCAGCGUCACGGCCAUCUAUUGGUACUUCACUGUCGCUGAUGUCAUCUACGACGUCACCCGCCCGGACCGCCUGGUGGUGCGCGGCAGCCUGUGCGUGCGGCCAUGGCUGGCACCGCUGACCACGCGGCAGCUGCACAUGGUGGCGGUGCUGCGCCUCGAGCGACACGAGGAGCCACUCGCCUGGGGCGACGGCAGCAACGCCGCAGCAGCAGCCGCGGCGUCUAAGCCUGGCAGGGCGGCGGCAGAGGGUGGCAGCGGCACUGGCGGUGGUGCCGGUAAUGUUAGUGGCAGUGGCAGCGGCGGCAGGGCGGUAUGGCGCAUCGCGGAGCAGAGCAACUUCUUCCAGGUGGACCCGCUCGUGGCCGAGCUGCCCGUCAUCGGCGCGCUCUACGCGUGGUCCGCACGCCUCGCCCUGCUGCCCACGGUGUUGUCGCGCGCUAUGGGGGCCGCCAACUCAGUGUACCGCGUGGGGCUGCCGGGGUUCUGGCUGGCGUCCAGUGUGCUGUCGGCUGCCAGACAGGCUGUGACAAGCAUCCUGCACGUGGUGUUCUGGGUGCCCAAGCACUGGUAGCAUGGGUAGCCCGGCCCUCACCCACCUGAUUCUUUGUACAGCAACCCAACCUGCUUCUGAUGUGCAUAUUAUGAUAUCCAUAUGUGUGUGCCGUCUUUAGAAGAGGCUCUGCAGUUGGAGGAGGUUGUGCAUCCCAACAGGACCAAGUGCUUCAAGAGAGCCAAGCAAGCACAACGCAUAUGUUCAAAUUAUAUAAGUUAUAAUUUAAUAUAGGCUUGGUAGGUUG